AUGGAAUCUCUCGAGCAGCCUGUGUCUUCCGGCGACCUACUACUUCUUUAUGGAGGGAAAAGUGUGAAUGAAGCAGGGGAUUUUACCGAUAUCCGCCCCUACGUACUUCUUGUUGCGUCUUUUCUUGGCCCUUCCCCCGACUCCAUGAUCCCACCAAGCAGCCCUGUCGAUACAGCCGAGUCGGUCACUGUCUGUGAAUCACCUAGGUCUAUUGACUCUCCGGAGAACGUCGACCCUAAACUCGAUAUGUCAGCCAUCCUAGUUCGAAAAGUCCCUUAUUCGUUGACUUCUAUGAAUGGUUGUUGGACGCUUAGUGGUCCGCGAGUCUACUACACCCGUCAAGACGGUGAGACAAAGUUCUCCUUUUUCUCCGAUCUACUUGGGAAGGACUUGGAGGAGGCUGUUGCGGAGAUCCGCGAGGACGAUCUGUAUUUCGAUAAAUGGGCGUCUAUCGUCGAUUCCAGCCACUCUCUCGGGAACUUCAUGCCGCCUAGUGCAGGUGUAAAGCUGAUCGUCGAUAUACACGGCCGCGAUAUCCUAAACCACUACUUCGAGGGCUGUCCAUGGUGUGGGUAUGAUACUGAUAUGUGUCCAGGGUGUGGGGGUGUCAGUCUGAAUUGGCCAGAAAUAUUUGCAACCUGUGGUCGACAACAAGCAUGCCCCGUUUGCAUGGGUCUUAGUUUUGCCGAAGAGGAUAAAGAGUUUUUGGAUAGGUUUGAUUCGAUGGAAAAGAACGAUAAAUUGCCCCGUCAUCUUGUGGGUGACGCAUUGGAUCUAAUGUCCGACCGAUUUCAUCUUAUCGAAGCCAGACAUGAGGAAAUGGGACACUGGGGCCAUGCGAGCGCUGAAGAGAGGCUUGAACGUUGGAAGGCCGUGUACUUGAGUGACGACAAUAUUGUGGACUGA